UUGUGUUUUGCGUGCUGAUCGAUGUGAAGCGCGAUUCCGUAACCAAAUCGUCCGCGAAUCGCGACUGCCUGGGAACCAGAGAUAAAAACUACAAGAGGGUUGUCGAGGAGCGGAAAAGUGCAUUUUCACCGGUUUGUUGUGUUGUUCGUGCUCGUGUGUGGUUCCAAGGAGCAAACAUCCUUAUCCAACCAGUAUUGUGUGAAGCGUCCUGUAUUUGGCACGAUUGCUAUGUCCAGUCGCUGUCGUAAAAGUUCUUUUACAUACGUUAAGUGAGUCCUUGUUGGCACGUCUUUUUGUCCCGGUUAUCGGCCUCUUGUAGUAAAGCCACACUCACCGUGCAGUGAAGAAAAAUCUUGAAACAGAAGGUUCCCAUCAGCAGUGCUGCCCCAGUAGUAUUAUUGUUAAACGAUAAGGGUAGGGCAAAGUGGUACGUCCGUCAACGUCGAGAAGAAAGCAGGAAGUAAUAUAAAAAGGGAUACACAAAUCCUAGCUCGCCAUCAUCCGAACGGAGCGACCCGCGAACUAACAGCACCGUCAAAGAAACAAUCAUGGCUGAGGCGGCAAACAAUGGCGCAGCAUCGACCGCAGCCACCGCCGCUGCAUCCGGGGGCGCGGCCUCAACGGCGGGGGCACCGGUGGCGAACAACAACGGCGUCGUCAACACGAACCCGAACGCCGAAGUCAUCCGUGGUCAGUUGUUCGAGGUUGGCCCGCGGUACAUAAAUCUGGCAUACAUCGGCGAAGGAGCCUACGGAAUGGUUGUCUCCGCAGUGGAUACCGUCACCAAGACCAAAGUUGCCAUAAAAAAAAUCUCUCCCUUCGAGCACCAGACCUACUGUCAGCGGACGCUUCGAGAAAUCAAAAUUCUUACCAGAUUCAAACACGAGAACAUCAUAGACAUAAGAGAUAUCCUCCGGGUGCCUAGUAUAGAGCAGAUGAAAGAUGUAUAUAUUGUUCAGUGCUUAAUGGAGACUGAUCUAUACAAACUACUAAAAACACAGAGACUAAGUAAUGAUCAUAUCUGCUACUUCCUGUAUCAAAUACUUCGUGGUCUGAAGUACAUCCACUCCGCGAACGUGUUGCACAGGGAUCUGAAACCCAGCAACCUGCUGCUGAAUACGACUUGUGAUCUAAAGAUUUGUGAUUUCGGUUUGGCUCGCGUAGCCGAUCCCGAGCACGAUCAUACCGGUUUUCUGACGGAAUACGUCGCCACCAGAUGGUACCGGGCGCCGGAAAUUAUGCUCAACUCAAAGGGCUACACCAAAUCGAUCGACAUCUGGUCGGUCGGGUGCAUACUGGCGGAGAUGCUGAGCAAUCGGCCCAUCUUCCCCGGCAAGCACUAUCUGGAUCAGCUGAAUCACAUCCUCGGCGUGCUCGGGUCGCCAUCGCAGGAGGACCUCGAGUGCAUCAUCAACGAGAAGGCCCGCAGCUACCUGCAGUCGCUGCCGUUCAAACCGAAGGUCCCAUGGUCGCGGCUCUUCCCGAACGCCGACGUCAACGCGCUCGAUCUGCUCGGCAAAAUGUUGACCUUCAAUCCGCACAACCGCAUCUCGGUCGAGGACGCGCUGGCCCACCCGUACCUGGAGCAGUACUAUGAUCCGGCGGACGAGCCCGUCGCUGAGGAACCGUUCCGCAUCGCCAUGGAACUGGACGAUCUUCCCAAGGAAACGCUGAAACGAUUAAUCUUCGACGAAACGCUACGCUUCAACCACAACGAUAACAACCUUCCGGAUGCCAUGUAAACCGGAUCAAGCCGGCGAAACCCCGUACUAGGGGGAGAACAACAACUUUCGCAACAACAGGAACAACAACAGAAGUACACACAAAUUGAUACUCGAUCGUUCGUAACACGAACACAUACACACGGCGCUCACCACGAGACGGUUAACGCGAACCGGGAACAAUAGGGAAAGCAUAUGCUCUACAGCGUGUGCGUGUGUUCGCGUGGGGGUGUGAUAGUUUAAAUAAUUUCCUUUCCUACCGCUAGUUAAAUAUACCCUUCUUUUUAUUUUAAACAUA